AAAUGUUUAAUUUUCGCAUAGUACGUUCAUCAUCAUGCAAAUUCAAACAAUGCACACGUUUUAUAACCGACGGCCCCUCAACGACCACCGGUGAACCAUCAAAAAUUAUUCCGAAACAAAAGGAAAAAUCAGACAGAACCCGAGGUACUGUUGAUAAUCGUAUGAGCGCAUGGGCUAUUCACUCCUAUGGAAACAUCGACGAGCUGCAAAUGACGCGGAGUCGCAUGCCCAUUAUUACAAGCACCACAGAAUUACUGAUAUCUGUGAAAGCAGCAUCACUAAAUCCAAUUGAUUACAUGAUGAUCAAUGGUUAUGCACAAGAGUUUGGCAGAUUCUUGAGAAAUCAUCAGCUUGAAUUCCCUCUCACCUUAGGAAGAGAUUUUAGUGGUAUUGUCAUUGACAAAGGGCAAGAUGUGAAGAAUUUCAAGAUUGGUGAUAAAGUUUAUGGAGUUUUACCUAUUCAUAGACAGGGGAGUCAUGCUGAAGCUGUUAUUGCUGAACAAUCACUGACAUGUUUGAAACCAGACAAGUUGAAUUUCAUCGAAGCCGCAUCAAUUCUCUAUUCAGGAUUAACAGCCUGGUCAGCUCUGUACCUGUCCGGUGAGCUAUGCAUCCGAGAUCCAAAGAACUACCGUGUUUUAGUCACAGGUGCCUCUGGAGGAGUUGGCACUUUAGCAAUACAAAUGCUAAACGCAUCCGGUGCGAAUGUAAUCGCCUCGUGUAAUUCUACAGCAAUUAAUUUGGUAAAGAAAUUAGGUGCUCACAGUGCGCAUGACUACAGAGACCCGAAUUAUAUUACAAAUGUAGCAAAAGAUGGUCCGUUUGAUAUUAUAUUAGACUGCGCAAAUAUGGGCUAUAAAAAGAUUCCGCCAUCUUGGCAGUAUUCAAAGUUUAUUACUUUGAAUUCGCCGUUGAUUAAAAACACCGACAAGUACGGAUUGUUAGGAGGGAUGGCAGCGAGUGCAAGAGAUUUAAUGGUGGCCAAUAUACCGAAGUGCGCGCAGGGGAAAACUGUCCGAUGGGGAUUUUUCGCACCGUUUCAUGCAGGAGUGGAGUUUAUUGAUGAUUUAAUCAACAAAGACAAGCUGCGUCCAGUGAUUCAUGGAAUUUACGGCUUCGAUGAAGUGCCCGAAGCAUUCGAAGACCUAAUGGAAGGCAAACUGCUCGGUAAACUUGUUGUAGAUAUAGAUGCAUAAAGAUGCAUUGCAAAUAAAAUAAGUUAAAUUAUUACUUGAA